AUGUCGGAUAUCGAGACGCCGCCGCCGCCAGCGGGAGGCAGCCACCCGGCGAGUAAAAAGCCGAAGCAAACCCGGCAUGUUGCCUUCUCGGAGGUCUCUGAGUGCUCCACCAUCACAGGUAACUACCCGGGGAAGUCGAGACCCUGCUGCAGGUGCAACUGUAGGCCCUGCUGCUUCGUCUGCUCUGCCUGGACGUGCCUCACCGUGCUUGCCGUGAUCCUUGGCAUCCUUGUCCUGGGAGUCUGGUUCGUGUCGUUCAUCAAGUCCAACCUGCCUGAGGUCCGGGUCCAGAGGAUCUCCUUCCCGGGCCUGCGUGUCGCCAACUCGUCGAAGCAGGAGACCCUGCUGGACACCGGCGUCGAGGUGCUCCUCAACUUCACCAACAUAAACGAGAAGAUUGGGAUCUUGUACAAUUCGAUGAGCGCAGAAGUUAUUCUGGAGGACAUCAGGAUGGGGCAGGCGCAAGUUUCCGGGUUCUUCCAGGAACCGAGGAACCAGAAGAUGCUGAAGCUUGCAACUCAAGUCACCCACAUUGUAAUCCCAAAGGAGGACGGGCAAGAUCUGCAAUCGGACUUGAAGGAUGGAACAAUGGUUCUCGAUGUGGUUUUGAAUGGGACGUUAGGAUUCGACUUCGGAAGCGUCAAGUUGCAGAGUUUGCCAUUCGUAAUAGGAUGCACCGACAUCAAGCAAGCUGAGGUCGAUCUUGGGUUGGAGCCCCGGUGCAGCAUUAGGAUUUUUGCCUUCAAGUGA